GCCCCCGAAGGCUACCGAGCAGGUCCUGGGUGCGCCGGGGGCAGGACCCCGCUCUCUUUCGGCCGCACACUCCUCCCAAGUCCCUCGCGGCCGCGCCGGUCGUGCAGUCACUCUACACAUCUGAGCGCGCGGCUCCCGGCGCGAUGGACGCGGCGCUGCUCCACAGCCUGCUGGAGGCCAACUGCAGCCUACAGCUGCCCGAAGAGCAGCUCCUGGACGACUGGGUGCCGCCCCUGAACCCCGAGGGUCCCUACUCAUACUGCAAUGCAACCUUGGACCAGAUCGGGACCUGCUGGCCUCUGAGCGUGGUUGGAGCCCUGGUGGUGAGGCCGUGCCCUGAGUACUUCAACGGCGUCAAGUACAACACCACCGGGAACGCCUACCGGCUGUGCUUGGAGAAUGGGACGUGGGCCUCGCGGAUCAACUACUCACAGUGUGAGCCCAUUUUAGAUGACAAGCAGAGGAAAUACGAGCUGCACUACCACAUUGCCCUCGUCAUCAACUACCUGGGCCACUGUGUCUCUGUGGUGGCCCUCGUGGCUGCCUUCCUGCUUUUCCUGGUCCUGCGGAGCAUCCGCUGCCUGCGGAACGUGAUUCACUGGAACCUCAUCACCACCUUUAUCCUGCGAAAUGCCACGUGGUUCCUGCUGCAGCUCAUUGACCACGAAGUGCAUGAAAGCAACGAGGUCUGGUGCCGCUGCAUCACCGCCAUCUUCAACUACUUUGUGGUGACCAACUUCUUCUGGAUGUUCGUGGAGGGCUGCUACCUGCACACAGCCAUUGUCAUGACCUACUCCACGGAGCGCCUGCGCAAGUGGCUCUUCCUCUUCCUCGGAUGGUGCAUCCCCUGCCCCAUCAUCAUUGCCUGGGCGGUGGGCAAACUCUACUAUGAGAAUAAACAGUGCUGGUUCGGCAAGGAGCCCGGUGACCUGGUGGACUACAUCUAUCAGGGGCCCAUCAUCCUCGUCCUCCUGAUCAAUUUUGUAUUUCUAUUUAACAUCGUACGCAUCCUAAUGACAAAGCUGCGAGCUUCCACCACAUCGGAGACAAUCCAGUACAGGAAGGCGGUCAAGGCGACUCUGGUUCUCCUGCCCCUCCUGGGCAUCACCUACAUGCUCUUCUUUGUCAACCCUGGGGAGGACGACCUGUCGCAGAUCGUGUUCAUCUACUUCAACUCUUUCCUGCAGUCAUUCCAGGGUUUCUUUGUGUCUGUCUUCUACUGCUUCUUCAAUGGAGAGGUCCGCUCAGCCGUGAGGAAGAGGUGGCACCGCUGGCAGGACCAUCACUCCCUCCGAGUCCCCGUGGCCCGGGCCAUGUCCAUCCCCACGUCACCUACCAGGAUCAGCUUCCACAGCAUCAAGCAGACCGCUGCUGUAUGACGCGUCCAAUGCCCCACCUCGCUCGCCAUCACUCCACCUUCAGGACAGCUUCCUCAUCCUCCGCCACCGCCUUUCUCUGGGUUCUCCUGCCUGGUGGGGGCAGAAAAGAGGGGGAGGCCAGCUCUGCCGACUGGCAAGAGAGAGGCUGCAUAGCCAGCCACGUCACAUGGGGGGUCCGACGAACCACAACCAGCUGGGCCCAAAGUCUCAGUGCAAAAGGGAGCAGAGCAGAGAAGUCCCAAGGACCCCAGGAAGAAUGGAGUCACCUGUCUUUAGGCGUUUGCCCACACCAGCCUCUUGCUGGAACCUCACAGUGGUCCUAUAUGCAGAUGAGGAAACUGAGGCCCAGAGCCAGAAGGGCUUGCCAGGACACAGUUAGUUUCCUGGCCGACAUGUGGCUCCUGUGCCAUGCUCAUGGGACAGGUCUUCCGGUCAGUGGGCAGGCAAUGGUUGGCCCCAGUCCCUGCUUUCUGCCUCAGCUGAGUGGUACCCUCUGCACUGGGGGCAGGGGUUAGGGGGAGGCACAGCCGCUGGAGGAAAGAGUCAGUUUUGCUGUCUUCAUCCUCGGGCAUCGCUACACCACUCCCCUAAUCUGCCAUCCUCCUGUCCCUAGGGCCCCCUGAAGGAUGCUGCUUCUUUCUCUUGGGAGACCCCUUCUGGCCUAGUCCACAGAUUCAGGGCCUUGGGGAGGGACAGGUGGGAAGCGAGGCGUUGUCAGAGCAGCCAUAUACUUAGGCCAAGCAGAUAACCUUGCAGGAAGGACAGGAAGGAAGAAGCAUGGGGAGGAGAAGGAAGGAAGAAGUGGGAUUGGAAUAGCAGGAACCAGUCUUUGGUGAUUGGAACUAAUUCCCAGACCCCACCUCAGGCUGGACUCAGCCUCCCCUCAGAUGCAACAUCUCUGCUCUCUGUGAAAUAAACCAUGUCUGUGGAAAUGCCUCCCCUGAGGUCAAGUCAACCAGCAUCAGCAGGGGUGAGUGGGCCAAGGGUGCUGGACGGUUUGAGAUACUCUGGCCCCGGCCUGGGCCGGUUCUCCCUAUGGACCAGCGAGCCUGUGGGUCUGUCCCUUUGUCACCCCACCGCCACCAGUAACUGCCCCCUCCCCCCAAGCAAGGGCAGUUUAAGUCAGGAUUGAGGAGAGGUCCAGCUCACCCAGCUCGCCUGUUCUGGUCCCAAAGGCCAGGGUUCUGGACUCUGCAGGGAAAUAUAGACAAGGUCCUAUAGUCACCAUGAGCAACAGCCACGGGGCUUGGCUUACAUCCCUGCUUCCCUGCAGGACAAGGUGGGAUUCAGGCUGGAGGAGCCGACAAGCGGGGUUCAAGGGACUUUUGUUCUAGGCAUGCCCCCUCCCAAGUUUUUUUAAAUUAUAUAUAUCCCAUCUUGCAUGUUUUCAAGAUG